AUGUUGAUCAAAGAAUACCGUGUGACGUUGCCUCUGACAGUAGAAGAAUACCAAGUGGCCCAGCUGUUCAGUGUAGCUGAGGCGUCCAAAGACAACACGGGCGGAGGCGAGGGCAUCGAGGUCCUUAAAAACGAGCCCUUCACAAACUACCCCCUGUUGGGCGGCAAAUACAACACCGGCCAGUACACGUACAAGAUAUACCAUCUGGCCAGCAAAGUACCGUCCUUCAUAAGGUUGCUGGCGCCCAAGGGUAGCUUGGAGAUACACGAGGAGGCUUGGAACGCCUAUCCCUAUUGCAAGACUGUGAUAACGAAUCCACCUUAUAUGAAAGAAAAAUUCAAAUUAGUCAUUGAAACCAUGCAUGCCCCCGAUAGAGGUAAUCAAGACAAUGUCCACGAAUUAUCCAACGACAAACUGAAACAGAGGGAAGUGGUGCUCAUCGACAUUGCCAAUGACGCUGUGGCGUCCGGCGACUUCAAGGAAGACGAGGACCCCACCAAGUUCAAGUCGCAAAAAACGGGUCGAGGUCCCUUGGUCGGUCCCGAUUGGAAGGAGCGGGUUAAUCCGGUGAUGACCUGUUACAAAUUAGUUACUGUAGAAUUCAAAUGGUUUGGACUGCAGACAAGGAUAGAAAGUUUUAUACAGAAGUCAGAAAGGCGGCUAUUUACGAAUUUCCAUAGGCAGGUAUUCUGUUGGAUGGAUCGUUGGUAUGGAUUGACGAUGGCAGACAUUCGAGCAAUAGAAGAGAAAACAAAAGAAGAACUGGAAGCCCUGCGUCAAAAGGGUGAGGUUAGAGGCAUGAAAGCCGAAUCAGAUUAA